GUGGCGAGGGGGGUGGGGCAAGGGCAGAGUGCAGAAAAAGGGUGCUCGGCUCACGAAAGCCUCGGGCUACCCGCAUAGCCCACAGCCCACGCCGAGGUGCAGGGAGCCUGCAGGGAUCCUCGCUGCCCGAGGGCCUCGGUGAGUCACCAGGGGUUGUCGCAAUCGCUACUAGGAGGAAAUCAGGCCCGGGGUGGGGCGCGUUCCUAGAUGCCUUCCUGCGCUCUGACCGCACCAGGGUGUCCCCCUAGAUCGCCGCCAGCUGAAUCUUCUCUCCAGAGACUCCCAGGUCUGCACUGACUGCGGUGGCCACAGCUUGGCCUGAGCCUCUAGUAGAGAGUUAGUCUGCGGGGACAACGGGGAGCCAAGAGGAGGAAGGAAGGAGAUCACAGUAGUUUUAAGAGUUUUCUUUUGCCAUCCUCACCCCCUUCGCACCGCAGAGCUGAAGGGAGCCAGGCGGGCGGCGCUGACUCCCUGGAGCCUGGGCUCAGGGUUGGAAGCUGUUUUCCGAGCGGCAGCUUGAUUGCCUGGGAUCUCCAGGGGACCUGUCCCAGAGGGCGUGCCGAGACAUGGAAGGCGCAGACCUGGCCGUGAAUCUCCUCUCCACCUGGCUGACGCUGGUGGUCGGCCUCAUCCUGUUGCCUUCGGCCUUCGGAUUAUCUCUGGGCAUCUCGGAAAUCUACAUGAAGAUCCUGGUGAAAACCUUGGAGUGGGCCACAUUACGAAUUGAAAAAGGAGCCCCGAAGGAGUCAAGUCUUAAAAACUCAGCUUCCGUGGGUAUUAUCCAAAGAGAUGAGUCACCCAUGGAAAAAGGGCUCUCUGGCCUUCGAGGAAGGGACUUCGAGCUCUCUGAUGUGUUUUAUUUCUCCAAGAAGGGAUUGGAAGCCAUUGUGGAAGACGAGGUGACCCAGAGGUUCUCCUCCGAGGAGCUAGUAUCAUGGAACCUCCUCACGAGAACCAAUGUCAACUUUCAGUACGUCAGUCCGAGGCUCACAGUGGUGUGGGUACUGGGCGUCCUAAUACGCUAUUGCUUCCUGCUGCCUCUGAGGGUUACCUUGGCUUUCAUUGGCAUCAGUUUGCUGACUAUAGGAACUACACUGGUGGGGCAGCUUCCAGACAGCAGCCUCAAAAACUGCUUGAGUGAACUCGUGCAUCUGACCUGCUGCAGGAUCUGUGUUCGCUCCCUGUCUGGCACCAUUCACUAUCAUAAUAAGCAGUACAGACCCCAGAAGGGAGGCAUUUGUGUUGCCAAUCAUACUUCUCCCAUUGAUGUCUUAAUCUUGGCGACGGAUGGAUGCUAUGCCAUGGUUGGACAGGUUCAUGGCGGAUUGAUGGGGGUCCUUCAGAGAGCCAUGGUUAAGGCGUGUCCACACGUCUGGUUUGAGCGCUCAGAAAUUAAGGACCGGCAUCUGGUGACUAAGAGAUUAAGAGAACACAUCGCUGAUAAGAAAAAGUUACCCAUCCUAAUUUUCCCUGAAGGUACCUGCAUCAACAAUACUUCAGUCAUGAUGUUUAAAAAGGGAAGUUUUGAAAUUGGAGGAACCAUAUAUCCAGUGGCAAUAAAGUAUAACCCACAAUUUGGAGAUGCAUUCUGGAAUAGUAGUAAAUACAACCUGGUGAGCUACUUGCUUCGAAUAAUGACCAGCUGGGCCAUCGUGUGUGACGUGUGGUACAUGCCGCCCAUGACCAGAGAGGAAGGAGAAGAUGCGGUUCAGUUUGCAAACAGGGUUAAAUCUGCCAUCGCUGUCCAAGGAGGACUGACUGAGCUUUCUUGGGAUGGAGGGCUGAAGAGAGCAAAGGUGAAGGACGCCUACAAGGAAGAGCAGCAGAAAAAUUACAGCAAGAUGAUUGUGGGCAACGGGUCGUCUCCAGACCUAGAGUUGGACUGAAGUGCUGUGGGCAAACAUGGCUUCCUAGAACUGGCCUUUAGAAGUGAAAUUUUAUACUGUCGUUUCGUUGUGUUGUUGUUGUUGUUGUUUUUGCUUAUCUAGUGUUAAUCUUUUCUACUGGAAGAUUGUGUCUACCUCGUCAUGCCAGAGGCAGAACCUACAGGUGCCCUGUGUGACAUGUUGGUUAUUGUGUUGGCUCGAUGCAUUGUAAGGCUGAUUCUUGUGUCACUGAUGAUUGAAUGAAGGCGUUGUGUGCAAGACAGUGCUUCUAGAGUGCGUUUUGAACUUGUUAAUAUGAUAAUUCUCAGAAAUGACUCUGAACUCUGAUGUUUGAUUUCCCUCUCUUUAAUCUUUUAUUUUUUAUUAUUGUUAUUUUUUUUUUUUAAAUUUUUUGAGACAGGGUCUUAUUUAUGUACCUCAGGCUGGCCUCAAAUUCACUGUGUGGCCAAGACUGGCCAGGAACUCUUGACUAUCCUGGCUUGACUUCCUGAGUCCUAGCUCCAGGCAUGUACUGCUGACUUUCCUAUCCCGGUGAGCACACACCACACUGCACUCCCCUUACAGUUACAGUCAUAAGGGUGAAAGAAACAUGGAGGAUUGCUUUUAGGGAAAGGACAAAUUUGUGUUCACCUGAUCGGAAAGGAAUGGAGUGGAGAUUAUUUUUCCUCCUGUGUGCUGGUUGGUCAGAUUCAUUUAAGAAGUGCAUGGGAGUGCUAUUUGUUCCCAUAAUGCAUUGCAUCCAGCCACAGUGGGGAAAGCACAGUUAGCUUUUCUUGGUUGUAUGCUACAGAUCUCCUUUGUCUUAUGACUGUUGUUGUUAUUGUUAUUAUUUGUAGCAAAAUGAGUUUUUCGAAGGGAAGGAGCCUUAAAAAAAUAAAAAAGAACCACACUAUCUGCGGGAUGAAGGAAUGAGCUAUGUGGAGCUUGCCUCCUGUCCGCCCCACCCCCACCCUCACAGUAGUGGUCUAGCCUCAGACUUUCCCAGCCUUUUAAGCAGAAAACUAAGUGGUGUAACUACCCUUUCGAAACUGAGCCUUAAGAUUUUUAAAGGGGAAACAGGCAUUCUCUGAGCCCCAUAGCAUGAGCGAUAUUUGAUACACUGCAUUACCGCUGUGAGCUCUUGAGUAACCCUGUACAAAAAUGAACUGUCUUCCUGACAAUGAAUAAAUUUUAUAUUUUUAA